UUUGUACGUAAGUUCCCGGGACGUCAAAACGUUGCAAAAUUACCGAGCUCACCCCGCUGGUUCUUACAGCGCCUGCGCAGAAGCCGCCGGUCGCCCAGCGCAGUCGGUAUCCGUCGCCGCCCGUUUCGCGCCCUGGAAGACUCGGCGCUCCACGGGCGUAUGUCAGCCUGUCUUCCGGUUUCGGGGCCGCCACAGGCGCGCCUGCCGAGCGCCAAGUAACCGAUGGAGAUGGCGGCAGCGGCUGUGUGAAGAAUCGUGAAGGCCCAGAGCCCUUGCCAAGGCUUCUCCUACUCCAGUGAGGAAACCUCAUCCAGGGCCAUGGUACCACUUCUCCAUCAUCUGUGUGCUGCUUGGCUAAGCUAAAUGCUGCGGGAGACUUGGUCUUGUGUGAAGGAAUCAAGCUGACUCUUGGAAUGAGGCCCCUGCCUUGUGGGGGUUGAGAGGGACCCUGCCAUGGCAUCUCUGGAUGACCCAGGAGAAGUGAGGGAGGGCUUCCUCUGCCCUUUGUGCCUGAAGGACCUGCAGUCUUUCUAUCAGCUUCAGUCACAUUAUGAGGAAGAGCACUCCGGGGAAGACCGUGAUGUCAAAGGGCAAAUUAAAAGUCUUGUCCAGAAGGCUAAGAAAGCAAAGAACAGGCUGUUGAAACGAGAAGGAGAUGACCGAGCAGAAGCAGGGACCCAAGGAUAUGAGUCAUUCAGUUAUGGAGGGGUUGAUCCUUACAUGUGGGAACCCCAGGAGCUUGGUGCUGUGAGAAGCCAUCUUUCUGACUUCAAAAAACACCGAGCUGCCAGGAUUGACCACUAUGUUGUUGAAGUCAAUAAAUUAAUAAUCAGGUUAGAGAAGCUCACUGCAUUUGACAGAACGAAUACUGAGUCGGCUAAGAUCCGAGCAAUAGAAAAGUCCGUGGUGCCUUGGGUCAAUGACCAGGAUGUCCCUUUUUGUCCAGACUGUGGGAAUAAGUUUAGCAUCCGUAACCGCCGUCACCACUGCCGCCUCUGCGGGUCUAUUAUGUGCAAGAAGUGUAUGGAGCUCAUCAGCCUUCCCUUGGCAAACAAGCUCACCAAUGCCAGCAAAGAUGCCCUGAGCACCCACACCAGCCCCAGCCAGUCACCCAACAGUGUUCAUGGCUCCCGCCGGGGCAGCAUCAGCAGCAUGAGCAGUGUGAGCUCCGUCUUGGAUGAGAAGGAUGAUGACAGGAUCCGCUGCUGUACACACUGCAAGGACACGCUGCUCAAGAGAGAGCAACAGAUCGAUGAGAGGGAGCACACCCCUGACAUUGUGAAACUCUAUGAGAAAUUACGACUUUGCAUGGAGAAAGUCGACCAAAAAGCUCCUGAAUACAUCAAGAUGGCAACGUCAUUAAAUGCUGGAGAGACAACGUACAGUCUGGAACAUGCCAAUGACCUUCGAGUAGAAGUGCAAAAAGUGUACGAGCUAAUAGAUGCUUUAAGUAAGAAGAUCUUAAACUUAGGCUCGAACCAGGACCCUCCACCACAUCCAAACACUUUGCGGCUGCAGAGGAUGGUCAGAUACUCAGCGACACUUUUUGUGCAGGAAAAGUUGCUCGGUUUGAUGUCACUGCCAACGAAAGAACAGUUUGAGGAACUGAAAGAGAAAAGGAAGCAGGAGGUGGAGAGGAAGAGGGUCCUGGAGAAACAGGCUGCCCUGGAAUCCCAGCGAAGGCUUGCGGAAAGGCGGAGGGACCUGCCAUCUCGUGCCAAUGGGGACGUGGCAUCCCUUCGCGGGGGCCCUGUCCCCUUGAGAAAGGCUGAGGGCUGGCUCCCCCUGUCAGGAGGUCAGGGGGAGAGGGAACACUCGGACCCCCUUCUCCAGCAGAUCCACAACAUCACAUCAUUUAUCAGGCAGGCCAAGGCUGCGGGCCGGACAGAUGAAGUGCGCACGCUGCAGGAGAACCUGCGGCAGUUGCAGGACGAGUACGACCAGCAGCAGACAGAGAAGGCCAUCGAGCUGUCCCGGAAGCAGGCUGAGGAGGAGGACCUGCAGCGGGAACAGCUGCAGAUGCUGCGUGAACGUGAGUGGGAACGAGAAAGGGAGCAGUUCCAGGCAGCAUCCCUGCACACACGGACACGGUCCCUGGACUUGCAAGAAGUCGGGCCUUUUCAGCUGGAGCCCAGCAGACAGACUCGCCUCCACCUUGCUUAUGCUUUGGAUCUGGGCUCUUCCCCAGUUCAGAGCAGUGCAGCUCCCAAGACUCCUUCACCCAGCUCAGCUCUCGAGCCCAUCAGAGUGUGGUCUGGGCCCCCAGCCCUCGGCCAGGAAUUCCUCCCCCAGAGCAGCAUAGCCCAGCAACAUGAAGUCUCCUUCCUCAACCCUUUUGAUAAGGAAGACCUCUCCAGCCCCGCUGCAGAGGGCUCCAGCAGCCCUCCUGCUACAGAGCCUUCCUUCGGCCCUUCAUCCCGCGUCCUCAAAGAUUAUAAUCCUUUUGAGGAAGAGGAGGAAGAGGAGGCAGUGGAAGUGAACCCCUUCACUAACUCAGACAGCCCAGCGCCCAACCCCUUUGAUGAGGAUGAGGAGCGUUCCCACCAGAGGCCCCCAAGCCCUCCUCUUCCUGGCAACCCCUUCGAGGAAGCCACCUGUACCAACCCCUUUGAGAUGGACAGUGACAGUGGGCCCGAGGGCGAGGAGCCCAUAGAAGAGGAGCUCCUUCUCCAGCAGAUCGAUAACAUCAAGGCAUACAUCUUUGACGCCAAGCAGUGCGGUCGCCUGGAUGAGGUGGAGGUGCUGACGGAGAACCUGAGGGAGCUGAAGCGCACGCUGGCCCAACAGAAGGGCGGCACUGACUGAGGAGUGCGGGGGCGGGGCGCCGCUGUGUCCAGGGGCCUGGCAGGACCAGCGGAGCAGGAGAGAGGGAUGGCGGGUUUGGUGCGAAGGAGGAAGGGUAAGAAUGAAGAUGCACACAGGGGAGGAAAUCUGCCGUUUCAUGCUGUGCAUCUGGAGGUUUUUCCACUACAGUUGAAUAAUAAAAUGGGAACUAGAACAGGAAGAAUCAGCAUUCAUUUGCUGGUUUUUUUCCUGGUUUUUUUUUUAAUUGGGUUUUCCCCUUUAGGGGACUUAAAAUUUUCACUACUGAGAUAAAACUAAAUGCAGUUCUGUUGGGCCCGGUCCAGAGAUGGCUGCUGUGCACCUCCAGGGUCCAUUUGCUCCUGCCUAGUCCUUGGUCAUUAUGCAGUAUUACAGGGCAGCUUAUAUGGGGCCCUUCCUUGAGCCAAGGCAGACGGACAAGAUGGAUUUCCUUAAACCUCCCUCUGCUCUGGCAGAAGUCUGUCCCCAUUAGGCUGUGGGUUCCUCUCACGUGGAGCUUCCUCCGCCCUACUGGGUACAUCCUGCCUGUGCCAUGGAAGGCAGAGGCAUCACUAGGAAAGCACUAGUUUAAACCCAGGGGAGCCCAGCACCUCUUUUUAAGAGCGGGUAAUGGGGAUGAGGUUUCCCCAGGGUCUGUUUCCUUCUCCGUUUAAGUUCUUGUUUGUCUCUUUUAGGAAGUUAAACUCCCAGCCAUUGGGUAGCUAUGUGAGUCUGAUCAUAAGCUUUUUAGACAAUAAGAAUGGCUAACUUUGUGGUUGAUAGAGGUAGUGAUAUUUGGGAGAAGAGUCUCCACCCAAAUGUUGCUCUGUUGGAACAGAAUGACUGCUGGAACGAUUGUCUGUCCCCAGAGAAUCCUCUAGAGCUUUGGCAAAAUUACACGGACUGGGAAUUUUUCAGAGGGCCCAGUCUAUAAUUUAGGAAUUGAUCUGGAAGCUUUUGUGGAACAUUGUCAGAAGAGUGGAAGCUGCCCUAAGUCAGAAGAUAAAUAUAAUUUCCAAGGCUAGUUGAUCCGCUUUCUUCCCUUUUGGUUCAUCCUGUCCUGACCUGGGGCACUGGUGAGAUAUUUUCUCCCCAGUGUUUAGCAUUAAGAAACUGAAGUGUUGGAAGAGGCACAACCCACGACCAUUCUGGUACCACUGCAGUACUUGAACUCUUCAUCAAUUAAGGACAAAAAGGGAAAUUAUUAAUUUAGCUCUGGUGCUUUGGUUUACAGGAACAUAACCCUUAACUGACAUCUGACAUCAUGAUACCCAAGUGUGCUCAGCUCUGGGUAGAGUUCCUGCAAUUAUGCUUGUUAAUUAAUGAACAAUAACUGACCACUAGUCACUUUAUUCCUCUUAACUAACUGGGUCAGACUCUCACUGGUUACUGGUGUGAGGGCUAAAAUUCAUUUUGUUACAUUCUGGGAAGACCCCUGUUCAUCUUGGGAAUGUUUGAAAAACAUGGUGGUAUAAAAAUAAUUUGUAUUUGUGUGGACACUACUCACAGUUCCUUAGCAUCUGCUGGAUCUUUGAGCCUAAUGAAAAGGUCCUCUAUGGGGGUGUGGGAAUGGGGAGUUGGUGGAGGGUUUGUGGAGGAUCCUUUGCAUUUGGGUUCUGUUCACAAAGGAAUGUGAGGGGGAUACUAACAUCAGCCAGUUACCAACCUUGCUGAUUGUCAUGGGAGUUUUGGGAAGUUGGCAAUCAGGCAUUUAAAGUGUUGCCUGCUAUAGGUAGGUGUCCAUGCCCUCCUGCUGUAAUUCUGGGGGGUUUUAUGGAUGGCUGCAUGCCCCUCUCUGCUCAGUCUGUCAUUUCUCUCUGCACCAAAAAGCAGGUAGUUCCAGAAGCUAAAUGCUGCUUUUCAUCUUAAUUACUUUUCUUAUGAGAAUAUAUCUCUUUUAAUUAGCUGGUGGUUUCAGCUAAGGUUGGUUUACUAAACAUAUCCUUUCCCUGAAAUCAACCACAGGUAGCAAUGUGUAAGUAACUAAGAGCAUGGAGAAACACAGAUAAGAAACAUUUUAAAAAAAAAAUCUAAUAUCUAAACCAAACUAAAACCCUCUGAUGUAACUGAAUUCUUCCAUGGCUGUACUCUUCCAUGAAUUCUUCCAUUUAAUUCUUCCAUGGCUAUGUUCUCCUAUAAUCAUAGACGUGAUAGGAGUUAGGAUUCUCUGUCCCUCAGCAGUACCAUUUCCCAGAAUUCACACAGGCACAGAGUUGGAUUUACUGAGAUGGGUUAAUGCCAGGAAAAAGGUGGCCUGUGAAUUGCAACCACAACUUCAAGUUCUUACCUCAUGUGACUAUUUCACUCUCCCUGCACUCCUUCAAGGCAGAUGGUACCCUCUCAUUGGAAAAUAAGCAAGUUCUUGAAAUGGUGUUGGCAAAUCUCCCUAGAUACAGAUCAUAUAUGGAAGAGACUUUGGGGAUUUAGGCAUCAAAUGAAGUUGGCUUUUCCCUUUUAAUGCCUUGUUUUUCUUUUUCCUUAACACACUAAAGACACUUACUCAUUGUACUUGCAGCUCAAUGUGUCUUUGCUGUUCAGAUACUAAAAUGUACCUGAGUCUUCAUGAGCCAUGUGAUAGGUUGGACAUUGGCAAAGUUAGGUGAUGGGACUCAAAGUAAGAAGCUGGUCUCUUUACCAGGUCACAGACUAUGGUAGCAGAUUGUGCUGGUCAUCUGACAGUGAUGGACAGUUUAAGGGUCAUUGAUUUGCAUGCACUACUCUGAGGCCUUGUAUUGGAACCUUUUUUAAAAAAAUAAAAUAACAGAUGCUAGUG